CCUAUCGGCGGUCCUUCAACUCGAUAAAACCCCCGCCGAGUCGCCACGAUGAUGUCCCUCCGCUCCCUCCUCGGUGCCUCCACCGGCACCCUCCGCCAAUUCCUCCCGCAAUCGCUAUCCCGCCCGACAUUCUUCUCGCGCUCGUUCUCCCGGUUAUCGCUUGCAAAUGGGCUUCGGAGUUUGCGUUUGCGGUCUGAGCAGAAGCAGAUGCAGGCUGGUGUUGGGGCUGUUGGGGCUAGGCAGAUUGAGCAGGUUCGGGGGAUGAAGACGCGGUCGUCGGUUAAGAGGCUGUGUGAUGGGUGCAAGCCCGUCCGGAGAAAGAACAGGGUUUAUAUCAUUUGCUCCAAGAACCCCAAGCACAAGCAACGACAAGGGAAAUAAACGUCUCAAUCGAAUAACGGGAUCAAUUCAUCACGGCUUACCACUUUAAAAUGCUACGAAAGUGCAUAAGAUCGGGGGAUUAUGUACUAUUUGAUACCUAGAACACUUCGUGGAUAUACGGUUUUGCAUCUCGACGCCUGGAAUGUCUUUGUCUUUUUUCUUUUUUACUGCUGGCUGGUCGCGGCGUACGUUACAUUGUACAUUAGGUUUAUCAUCAAAAGGUCAUCAUACAUGGUUAUUUUCUGGUUUCUGAAUGGAAUGUCUUUGGAUGUG